UGAGAGUUCCCUGGUGAGCGCAUAACAAUGGACAAAAUGUAGGAUUAUUUAUCCGAGCGUGCGUUCUAGUGGUUCGUGAGGUGAUAGUGCGUGUCAUUGAUUAGUUCUCCUGCUCAUCUGAACCUUCUGAGACUAACAAGAAGGCAGAUAAUGUGAGAGAACGCACGUAGCGCACCUAUUCCAUCCAAGUGUGACAAAGACAGUAAUACACAUAGAAAAAGAGACACCAGUAGUCAGUUGAUCCGCAAUACAAGUGGCUGUGGCGCGAAUAGAAAUCGCAUGGACUCAACAAGCGUUAGUGUAGCAAAAUCGCGAAAAUCGCUUCAUGACUGUCAGUGGGAUCCUAUCUGUAGUGUUCGUUACGGUUCGCAAGUUUCCUCGGCAGUCAGUCCUGUGAGAUCGGUGUUGCCCUCUCGCCGUCACAGACCUAGAGGUGGCCGAAACUUGUGUUGGUACCCAUCUGUCUCCUCGUACACGUUCUUGUUCACCUGUGUGCACUAAAUGUAUGUGCUAUGCGUGAGUCAGUGCGAGACUACUCCAUACGUAUGUAUAGAGCAACGCGCGCUUAAGUGAGCGAGCGAGCGACGUUGCCACAAUUCUCUCUCUCGUUCCGCGGCGAGGAGCGGGAGUUAAAACGAAACGUCGUUGAGUUUCGUUACGAGAGAAAGAAUAUCGUCGCGCCCGGAUUUCGAAGCUGUUGCAGCCAGCAACUAUUGAUGCCAUGAGUCUGGUCCAGAGAAGCAACGACACGUGACACGACAAAACCCAGGUUAGGGUCUAAAGAAAGAAUCAUGAAGAAACAGAGUCAGAAACUAACUCGCGUAGAGCGGGAGAAGCUUCGUGAACGGGACCGACAAGCCCGCGCGGCGAUGUCGGUCCAGGCGGACGCUCCUGACGCCCGGCAUGGCCACCACCAUCAUCAUGGUCAUCAUAAUCAUGGUCAUCAUGCCGAUCCACAGAUCUCGCUUUUUCGUGCUCCUGUCAAGGUGAAUCCGGAUGCCCACGACCGAACCACUCAGCAGAUCCAGUCGAAAUUGGGCAACUACGCGGCGGUGAGGCCCUUGCUUGAUGGGGAUCCUAGGAGGCUGAUCGGAAUCGAUGGAGUACCAGCGAGUCCGGCCCCGAACUCGACGCACCAGCCGGCACCGAGGUUACCCGGCCAAUCCGCAUCGAGUACGAGGAGUUCACCUUCGUCACAGGAGUUCAAGAAACCCGGAGGGCCUAGGUCGAGUUCCAACUCCUCGAGUCACGCAUCGGCGCAACGCGGCGGAUUUGUGAAACCUGCUGAUGGGAAACCACCUUACGGAGGAAGAGGCGGCUAUCCUGGUCAACCAGUCAAGCAUGGAGGCAAUAGCAACGAUCACCGAAGCCAUGGUUUGCUUCCGGCAAAAGGUCCUCCGCCACAAAACUCGGCCGGAAGCAACUCAGCAAUCAGCAGUCUCAGUAGUAGUACCGGCAGCUCCAGCAGCAGCAGCAACAGACUGCACAAUACCGGCAGUCGAUUGCCAAGAGUACCCCUGGACAAUGGUAUCACUUCGAGGAAUGCACCCGUGGAGAAUACGCCAGACGUUGAAGACAUUUUGAAGGAAAUGACAUCGACGGUGACGCCGCUGGUGCCAACAAUCGCACAAACACCAAGGAAAGAGGUGGAGUCCAAAUACACCUUCAACCCAGUGCUUGCAAAGCUCACCGAAGUCACAGCACCUGCACCUGAACCACCGAGGCCUCAACGCGAGAGACACUCCACCAGCAGACUAUCCGGGGAUUUGGAACACGACCUGAGUCUCUCUGAAGAUAGCGAUGAUGAACCGGUGAAGAUAAUACCACCGAGGCCGAUACCAGAUAUUUCCGCCGAUUUGGCAGGACCAUUGCAGAUGCUUCCGCCAAUGCCAUCAGCGCCCCAACCACUCCUGGCCCCGAUGUCACCCCUGGCAAUGUCACCGAUAGGUCCUCUAUCGCCUACGAGACCUCUGAGUCCUCCAGCGUCCUCGCCACUUAUGAAGCAGCCGAGUCCGCCGAGAAUGCUCUCUCCAUCCAUACCGAAUCCUAUGAAUAAACGAUCGCCCAAUCCUAUGGUUCACCAAAGACCCCCGAGUCCACCUGGAGAGGCACCUCCGAGUUCCGGAAGUGCCAGUUCUAGCUCGGAUUCCGGAUCGGAUUCUUGCUCGGAUAGCAGCGACGAUUCGGAAGAUGAGGUGACCCAGCCGCCGAUCAAAGGCCCGACGACGCCACCCUCGGUUUCCCCUCCGGCACCCGUUGAGGAACCGCCUUCGGCCGUCAAGGAGUCGCAGCGUAAAUGGGGCCUCAGUUCGUUUAUGAACAAGGCUGCCCCGCAGUCGCGAGAUCAGAAUGCGGAAGCCAAACCACCUCAGGAUGAGGUAUCAAGGCCUGACGAUUCACCAACUGCACCAGCGGAGGUCAGAUCUCGUCGAGACUCGAAUUGGCAACUGGACGAUGCGUUGAAGAGAACUCGAAACUCGACUAUGAUGAGCGUCCUGAGUGACAGCGAACAUCAAUCCGAUACCGACAAGCCUCCGGUGCAAGAAGAACCCGAGAAGCCGAAGCCUCCAGACGUUCGGAAACGCGGAAGGCCCAGGAAGUCAGUUAAGAGUCCGAAAACGAACCAUCGAACAUCGGAGGAAGGUUUGAAGAAUCCCACGAAACGCCGAGGUGCCUCUAAUGUUCUGAAGAAGAAAGUGCCCAGCUCUAAGGCGACCUUGAGUACGAGCGACGAUUGUAGCGAUGCCAGGUCUCCGGCUGCUUCGAGUGACUCUGACAGUGAUCAUCCACCCACCAUCCCUUCUGCCUCGACUGUGAAAAUCCCCGUGAAGCGUAGAACUCGGCCGAGUAUCUCCUCAAACGAGGAUGGAAACGCUUCUGAUAAGAACAGCGGAUCUGAUGAUGAGGAUGCGCGAUGGAGGCGUGUCUCUAUGAAACGCAACAAGCUUUCCGAAUCACCGAAGAAACAGGAGAAGAAGAAGAGUCCGACGAAAACGAAACCCAGGAGGCCCAGGUCUCGGGUCACCAAUAAUUCUGGUUUGCGCUCGGAUUCCGAUAGCGAUUCUGAAUUCACGAGCAGCGAAGCGAUGAGAAAUAACAGAAUUCAGGCUGACAACGGCGAGGUCGCUCGAGUUCCACCCCGACCAAGAGCGCCUUUGGCUAGGACUACUUCGGACAAUUCGGACAGUGACAACAGUCCGGCGUCCGGAAAGCGGCAAGAAGAAGAUGGUGGCAAUGUCCAGGACAAGAAGAAGAGCGACACUCUACGAAAACUCUUCUCGUCGGCCAAGGGUGGUGGCAAGGGUGGCGGCAAGGGCGGAAAAGGCGGCAAGGGAGGAGGCAAAUGCGGAAUUUAUGUGGAAGAAUACACAUCAAACAACACUCCAACGGGUGGAGAGAGCCCUUACAAAAGACUCUCCUCAUCGCAGACUCCCACGACGCUACCUAUCCCGCCGGUCAGUUACGUCAACGGUUUGCCUAGUGUACUCUGUCGGCUCGACUUGAGUCGAAUUUCACAUAUACCACAGCCCUCUCGGGGCAAAGAACUUAGACAACGUACAGAGCUUCCCGACACGAGGCCGUCUUCCAGACAAAACUCCUCGGUACCUCAAUCGCAGAGACCCUCAACUCCCGAGGAGGGGGAGAUCGUUGAAACCCCUUCCCUGGAUGUCAGGACUCAACGCGAUGGACUUUCAGUUAUGGACACGGACUCAAAAACGAGAAUUUCGAUUAAAUCCGAAGUGGAUAUGAAACCUUGUUCUGUAAAUAUUAUUAAUAUGUGCAAAGGUGAAGGUGAUAGUGCCGGUAUGUUGAGCGCAGCGAGUUGCGCUGGUACGAGUGUCAGUGGUGCUUUCAGCGGCAACGCGCCCAAGCGGAAACGUAAUCCGAGUUGCAGUUCGGUUUCUAGUUUGAGUACUGUGUGUUCGGUAGACGUAAAAGUCAAGAUUGAGACCAAGGAAAAGAAAAAGAGGAAACGAAAGCACAUGGAGACUGACACCGUCACUUCCAGGCCUUCUUCCAGUCAGCAGAGUGACGUUCAACCGACGAAUCACGAGCGGGAAGAAAAGCCUGACAUAGGCUUACUACCUCCACCAGUUUCAGAAAAUCGUCGCUACUAUUCUUACUUUAAUCAUCCAAAAAUUUUGGAUCAAGAGGAUAAGGGCCAGGAACAUUAUCUAGUAGAAGCGAAACGGCUAAAACACAGUGCUGAUGAAGAAUGCGACCUCACGGCGCAGGGCAUGAUGUACAUCGAAGCUGUUAUGUACUUCAUUCUCACUGGCUAUGCAAUGGAGACUGAUGAUCAGGGUGGCGGAAGGGCGUCUUUCACGAUGUACAAAGAUACUCUUCAUCUCAUAAAAUAUAUCUCUUCAAAGUUCAAAACCCAGCAUAAUGCAUCCGAAAACAGCAUACCUACUAAAUUGACUAUCUUAAGCUUGUGGUGCCAGUCGCUGAUAUACUUGAGACUGUUUCAGUUUCGUAAGCAUGAAGUUAAAGAAUGUCAGAAGGUUCUUGCUGAUUACCAUCAAAAGACUCCGUCGACUCCCAUGCAUCCGGAAGGUCAAGGAACGCCGUCUUUGUCUCCUACGCCUUCACCAGCUGGCUCAGUGGGAUCAGUUGGCAGUCAGAGUUCUGGUUAUAGCAGCGGCGAGUUGGUCAACCGAGGUGCAAACGGCUUGCCUCAAGCUGCAUCUUACGUCAGCGUUCCUCUUGGAGUGUACAACGCUUAUCACGCGCAGAACUAUCACUUCGGUUUGCUUUUGAGCUGCCACGAGCAUUGGGACCAGGCAACUGCUUUGGUCACGGACCAACAAAGAGAUUUCUUUAUCGAGCUGGACGAAGAGAUAGGUCCUCUAACAUUAAAAAGUUCAUUGCCCGAGCUGGUGGAUUACGUGCUCUCAGGGAUCCGAAAAAUGCGAGCCCUUUGACCUCAGUGGCUCAGCCCCCGACCACCUACACCAAACUACGUCACAGCUCUCCCUCCUAAUAUGGCAACGUAUUCAACCUUGUUCACUUAGAUCAGGAAAUAAUAGGCUCACCGCGAACAAUAAUGAUUUUACAAUAACAAUCGUCUUUAGUUUGUCAAGCACAACAUGUGUAUUCGCGGUGCUUGAGGUAUUUCGAAAUGUAGAAAGUUUCUCGCCUCAUCACACACGAGAAACAACUCCUGGAGGGACGCAACGUUCAGAUUAUACAUCUCCUGAUGUUGAGAGAUUUAAUUUCGAAGACUGUGAUUCCCUAGACCAGAGAAUUGAGAUGACGUGUUGUGUGACGGCAGAGUUGCCUUGAAAGCUGCGCGUCGGUGAGUUGGCCACGAAGACAGACUUGAGAAGUCGGUAGCAUUUGAUGAAGCUAAAAUCCAUUUUGUAGUUAGAAAAUAAAAAUUAUCGAGGUUUUAUAUUUCAAUGUGUGGAUGCAGUUAAGUCUUCGUCGCGCUCGACACAAGCAGCAGCGCCUACGUCUAAAUUAGCCGGAAUUUAGAUAAUUUAGUGAAAAGGGGGAAACAUUUUUGAAUAUGAAGCAAACAAUGAUUCUUCGACUGGAGGUUUUGAGCGUGACAAAAGUGGCUCCGCCGAGAGUCAAGAAGCAUUGGCGAGGAACUUGCGUUUCUCUAUUUUUCCGAGGUGUCUUGCUUUUGUAAAACGUGAUACAAUAAUGGGCAAAGGGAGGAGAACAAAUAAGUGCCACAGGAGCGUGCGCUCUCGUUCCUCGCCGCGAGGAGUCUGCAGGUUACCUGAAGCAUAUAUGUUGUUAAGUGAUCCAAGAAUACACGAUGAUAUAGUUUAUUACGUAUAUAAAGUGAUUAUAUAUACAUAACGAGAAAUUCUAUAUAUAUUUGAAGAAUAUGGGUGUGUACGUAAGAACGCGUCCGUUCGCCGAAGCAUUGCUUUAGGGUGCAUUCAAGUCGCUUUUCCACUGGUUAGCCGACGCGACUCGUGUUUAGGGUUCUAAAAAGUCUUAAAAUUACGUGUAUCGCAACAUGUAAUGUCCAAAAAAAAGGGUAGUUCUGUUUCUUUUCUUUUUUUAAAUUCAUCACAUUUUAAAAUAAUUUCUAGUUUUAGUUAUUAUAUUUGAGAUGAUAAUUUGGGAAUUAGCGAUAAUCAGCUAAUUCGAAAUUCUUGUUUAGGUGAAGAAAGGCUGAUUUUCAAAAAUAUUGAAUGGACAUGUAUGUUUUAACAAGUUUUAAGUAGGGGUUCUGCUCAAAAUUAAUUUUCUCGGGAUCCUUAAAAUCUUAGCCAAUUUUAAAGAGAUCUCUAAUCGAAAUCUCAAUUCGUGUUUUAGUUUCGUACAGAUUGUACGCAAAGAAAUUUUUAGGAAUAAUUAAGUGAUGCGGUGUUUUAUUGUCAAUUAAAACUGAUGAAAUAUGUAGACGAAUUUGUAGGUAACUAAGCUGUUUAACGUAAUCCCUUGAAUCUUUAUAUUGAAAUUAUCUGACCUUCUGUGUUAUUGAAAUAAUAUACACAUCAUGAUUUAUGCAAUACCCGUGUAAUAGACUCGAAGAUAUGAGAGAAGGAAUAUUACACGUAAUUUUAGAACUCUACUCAUGCAAUGUGUAGAUAAGCGAUAUUAGUAAACUAGGAUCGAUCGACGCAGAUGCAGCAGCACAUAUACUACAUUUACAUUACAUAGACUAACGGGGAAAGUAGUGGUUAUAGAAAAGAUUUUAAGCAAGUACGUGCAUGCACGAACUACACUACAUAUAAAUUGGGAAAGAGUGAAGAAGUGAGCGCAUAUACAUAUAUACAUACUACAAGUAAGUUGCUCCAUGUGUAUAUUUUUGUAAAUAGGUAUUCGCCUUGAGGGUAGUCUACGGCUUCUCCGUCGGGUUGGUAGAUUAACCCGCCCCAAUUUUUGCUACGUCUUACGAGAACAUUUGACCAGAUUAUCUCUGGUUCGAGUCGAUCACCAAGAAAUUCUCGACGAAUUUCAUUUUCUGCUGGUGGUGGUAAAUUCAGGUGCAGAAUGCAAUUUAUCAAAAUGAGAUAUAUUGCACUGUGUCUGCAUUUAAUCACAACCCGAGUUAGCAGCUCUUUGAAAAGUAAAAUUUGACUAUCACGAGCCUAGAGAAACUCCGAAGAGAUUUUUAUUUUUCAUGUUGCGAUGCUUGCAAAUUUAUUUUCUCAUUACGAUGGAGUCAUGACGUUAAGUGAACACGUCGCAACUUAAUAAUUAAUCAGUAAAAUGAAUAAAAAAAAACUCUUGCAUCUCUAUUGUGGUUUAAGUUUAUAUUUUACACGAAUGAAUCGAUCAGCGGAGAAAGUGAAGAGAUCAGAUUGUCUUUGCGAGGUGAAAUAUCGAGAAAAAUACUGAGAAAAUCAUCAUCAAAAGCAGAUGCAAAGCUGGCGGGCUUUAGCUUAGAAACACAACCACGCGGUCCAAUGGUUCACGGGAUACAAUUUUUUAUCGAGCAAUUCUACGAUCAAGGACGCUUUUUAAAGUCAUAAAGGAAGAGACUGGGGAAACUUUCGAUAUUUUCGUGACACGUAUUUAAUAAGAUAAUAUUUAUAUCACGCCCGAACCCACCAGCUCAUUUUUCCGCUUUUCUAGAUGUUUUUCUCUGUAAGUUUACGUCAGAGAGCGACUUAUAUUACAAAACGCCAAAAAGCUUUAUGCAUAUCAAUUUUUUGAGGGUUGAUCGUACCCCUUUUACUUAAAAGAUAACCAAAUCCAAUUUCGCUUCGAUCACAAAACCGCCUUUGCAAGCGUAAAUUAUUUAAAUCAAUUUGAGUUGUUUUUUUCAUCUCUAUUAUCUUCAAUUCGAGUGGUCCAUGAGCGUAAAGUUAAUAAAAACUUAAAUGUAAAAUACAUUAAGAAAUAAUCUUCAAUUUUUUAUAGAAUGAUGAAUGAAAAAUAAGUUGUUUCUCGACUAUCGCACGUGUACGGCAGAAAUGUGAAGCGUUUGAAAGUUUUUGGUGUGAGGACGGACGGACGGAAGAAAGGAAAGAAAUAAAAAAAAAGUGUAAAGUCUGAAAGGUGUGGCUCCGUAAGAAAUAGCGUUUCUGUAAUUCUAUUUUAUCCAGCCUUUUUGAUCUAUUAUUCUACGCUACUUGUAUUAUAUUUAUAUAUACAUAUAUGUACAAACAUAUGUGUAUGUAUGCAUAUGAAAAUAUUAUUAAUGCAUAUUAUAUUGUAAUUAUUUUACUGUAAUCUUGAAUACGCAGAUGAUUGCUACUUCACUCUCUUUCUUCUUCAAAGUUGGUAUAGUAAAAUUUUUUUUACAAAAUAGUUCCACAUUAAAAAAGGGGAAAGAGAGAGCGGAGUGAACACGAGUUUAGAUUGGCAGAGUUCGAAGAUUCCACAAUGAAAUAAUGGCCAAUUGAACGCGUACUUUGCAACGAGGGAGCGGACUUGGCUUGGAACGUGCCGCAUUUCAAUUUUUACGAAAAAAAAAAAAAAUACAAUUCGAGAUUGCAUUGAGGGUGUUUUUUUAUAUAAUAAUACUUUCCCCUUGAGAGAACGUUUUUCAGUUCACAACACCAAGUCCAAGUCCUACUCGCAAAAUAAUAGGAAUCCAAGUUGACAAAAAAAGAAUGAAUUACAGCAAAAAAACAAAGAUUUUACCUCGCAAACUUUUUAAAAAUAAAGGAAAUUUUAGUUGGAAAGUGACUUCAAAUAUAAGAUUGAAGUAUUUUUAUAUACACUCAUACCUGAUCAACUGAUUGAAAUUCGCCGAAAUUUGGUUUGUCUUUUUCAAUUUUGGAUCCCUAUUUUCGAUGAGGCGACACGCUCACAUGUGUGUAUAAAGGGUGCAAAAAAGCUACAAACGUGGCAUGUGAGCGUGCGCAUUGCAACGAGAGAAAUAGAGAAAGAGAUAUGUAAAGGGCAAAGACCAAACUCAUUAACUACUCGCUUUUUAUUUAUUUGACUAUUAUUAUUAUUAUUAUUAUUAUUAUUAUAUAAUUAAAUAAUUAUUAUUAAUUAUUAUUAUUAUUAUAUUUAUUGGCGUGGAUGUUGCAUAAGCAGCCAAGCCACCCCUCUGAUAAAUUAAAUUGUUGACACUAAUCUUAUUGUUACUUAACUAAUAUUGUUUCAUUGGAAAAAAAUCCGAAUAAAUCAUUUAAUAAACAAAGGAGAUUGUCCCAACGAAAAUCGCUACGAGUGUCGUGAUUAACCCGAUCGGUCUACUCUGCGAAAAUAUCAAAUAUUGUCACCAGUUUUGUUUUUUCGAGUAAAAUUCUUUUUGACUACUUUUUAUCACUCGAAAUCAUAUUUCACGAUAAAUAGCAUAAACUAUUCGUUCAGUUUUUCCCCCAUUCUCCAUGAGAAGCAAGAUGCAAAUAAACUUCUAGGGAAUGUGUGUUUUUUUGAAAAUUGUACUAUAGUGAAUCAUUACUCACAAUCAUCACAUAUAGUAAGUGAAGAAAACGAGCAGCAAGAGAAAGCACACUGACAAUAUGUAUAAAUAUACAUUUGCGAACUAUUUUGUGACAGGGCUUUUUUACCUAUUUUAGAGAAGCGGAAAUGCAUACAUAAAAAAAAGCAAUCAUAAUUAAGCAAUGAGCAUAUAUAGUUUAGAAAUGCCGUUUGUCGACGGGGCGACCUGUACUCAAUUUUCGUUUUUUUUUUACGUUUCGCGCCUUAGGCUGGCAUUGUCAUUAUCUACUUAUUAUAUUAUUGUGUAUAUGGUAUAAAAUUGUAAAAAGGAUUCGUAUUUAGUACAUCGUAUUCAUUUCAUGAGGAAUGACUGUCCUCCAAAUGAACAUAUUGUUUAAAAUAAAUUGAAUAAAUAAAACAUUGACCAAAUCAA